UCAUGGGAUCGAUAGAAGUGAACCGAGUGUUUGUACAGGUAAACACGAUAUAAACCAAACAAUUCCGAGUGUACCUCUUCAGCACGUGCUGUAUACUGUAGUAUUUCAAUCAAUGGAAUUUUACAUUUUUUACAAGAAUUAUGUGAUUGAUGUGUAUUGCUUCAUGUAGGUCCGGAGUAAAAACAAAUGUGUAAAUACAGGAAUGAGAUACGUGAAAUUACUUUCAAAAACAUUUCUUGCGUUUGUUGUGAAUUAAAUAGAAACCAGAAUCAUUUUACAUCAUACCAGCUCAAUACAAAAAAUAAGAAAUCGUCAUGGAGUACAGUUUCUAUGUACUGUAAUUAAGCUUGGCAGAUGUGAAGUGCCCAUAAUGGUUCAGCAUUGUGCUAUACAUCAAUUGUGAAGUGUACAUCAAGUGUGAAGUGUACAUCAAGUGUAGUGUACAUCAAGUGUAGUGUACAUCAAGUGUGAAGUAACUUUGAUCGCUAUCAUCAGACAGACACAUUUUACAUCAAUAUAUCACGAUACAUGCUAUAGCUAAUUGUUACAUCUUUAACAUCAUUAUAUCACGAUACAUGCUAAACGUUACAUCUUUUACAUCAUUAUAUCACGAUAAAAACUAAUCGUGACAUCUUCACAUUAUUAUAUCACGAUAUCGGCUGAACGUAACAUUUUUACAUGAUUAUAUCACGAUACAUGCUAAACGUGACACCUUUUACAUCAAUAUAUCACGAUAAAAACAAAUCGUGACAUCUUCACAUUAUUAUAUCACGAUAUAGGCUGAAAGUGAUAUCUUUUACAUCAAUACAGCGCGAUACAAGCUAAACUUGACACCGUUUACAUCAAUAUAUCACGAUACAUGCCAAAAGUUACAACUUCACAUCAUUAUAUUAUUCAUGAUACUGGCUGAACGUGACAUAUCACUAAGAUCAUUUUGAAUGAGUUCACUCUAACAGAAUGUGUUCACAAUAGUUUGAUAAGCUAUAUAUGUAAAACAUGAUGAUUCUAUAACACCUAUAAUCCUGUGUAGGCAGUUCACUUAAAGGCACAUCUAUAUAGCACCGACUCAUAUUUUAUCAAUUACACAUAAUUAUAUGUAUCAUCUUUUUUUUUUCUUGAUUAUCAUUUGAAUCAAACCAUUUAAUUUGAUAUUAUUUAACAUUUAUAAUAUUGUAUAUUAGUACAAGGAACGUGAGUUCUAAAUAAACUUAUAAAGGUGAAGCACUAGAAAACAUUUUAUAGAUCAGAUUGUUGGUUCAUCUAGAAAAUCUAGGAUAAUAUUUAUAUCGUUAUGUUAGACGUGUAGACAAUAACAUAAAAAUCGCUCGAGCAGGUGAGAAAUAUUUACAAAUAUAUACGAACUUUCAGUAAUACAACUACUAUGUUUUUGAUCAAUUUUCUACAGAAGAAUUCACGUUCAUCUACAGAGAGUAAAACAAUUCUUCAUGUUUGUGUUCAAUGGAAAUAAUAUACAGCUAUUAAUCAUCAGAUCAGAGUGUCUGCCUACAUUGUUUAUACAAUUAAAUUCUGCUAUUUUUUUUGUGUGUGUUACUAUAAGAAGUGAUAUACUGAUAGUAUAUUUAUAAAGUUAUAUAAAUGUAUUAUGAACAAAACAGUGAUUUUCUGAUAUAAAACAUGCGCAAUGCGAGCUUCGUACAUGGUUCGCAGUUUCUGGAUUAUAACGAAUAAAAUGACAACGGCCAUUGCGUACAGUUUUAUGGCCAUGGACAAACGUCAACGUAAUGAAGUAUCGGAAGUGAACAGGCGCUCGAGCAAUAACUCAGAGAAAUAUUUAAACCCAGGGUAUGACAAUACCAGUGAAAGCGGAAUGUCAAGGUCAUUGAAAAGACGUCCAAGAAAGAGGUCAUCCUCAAGCACUCGAUCAAAAAAAGAUUCGAGGGUCAAGGUAGAAAUUGUUGUUCAGUUUUUCAAAGUUGGAGAGAUAGAUACACUCAAGGAACAAUUUAAUGCUGACGUCAUAGUGAAAGCAAAAUGGCGGGAACCGACAUUAGAUGGCCAGCAAACAGCAGCAGACGCCAUAGACUUUGCACGACUAUGGAGUCCAAAAUUAUACAUCGAGAAUUCACUCGGCGAUCCAAAGGAACAGAUUAGACAUAGAAUAAUAUACAAUGAGAAGGGGGAAGCUUUUAUAUACGAAAAGAGAGUAGCAAAGGGUACUUUCAUGGAAAAUUUAGAACUCGACGAUUUUCCUUUUGAUGUACAGGAUUUAACUAUAACAGUUGCAUCAGAAUUACCAAUCAGUGAAUGUGAACUUGUAGAAGAUAGAGAUGAACAUCAUGUCGUUAACAGACAAUCAUUUGUUGAUGAACAAGAGUGGCAUUUAUAUGUACAUACAGAGUGUAAUAAAAAAGAACUUGUGAUAGACCAGGUCGAUAAUUCCGUCAAACGUUCGGCUCUUUCCGUAAAAUGCCGAGCAGCUCGUCGUCCAGGUUAUUUUGUUUGGAAUAUAUUCAUGAUAACUUUCCUCAUCUGUAGUUUAGCAUUUGCAACAUUCUCAGUAGAGAAAACUCUUCCACAAAACAGACUCCAAUUGUCUUUCACACUUGUAUUAACAGCAGUUGCUUUCAAAUCUGUUGUAAAUUCAAGUCUUCCACGGAUAUCUUACCUCACGUAUAUGGAUAAAUAUUUAUUAGUUUCUAUGGUGAUGUUAUCUGCAGUGUGCACGUGGCACGCGAUAGUUACAAGAUUGAACCAUAAUCGACCAUAUGCUGAUAGAGUGGAAAACAUCGUGCUAACAAUUCUUAGUGUACUUUAUAUUGUAUAUAACAUUGGUUUUAUUGUCAUCAUUUAUCUAUUUCCUUGUAAAAAACGGAGAGUGAUGUCACAAAAAGAUAAGGAAUACAAGCGAAAUCGACGGUCGUUUCGACAACGCUCUGUUUAUGUGGACUCGUUGAGCAGAACACAGGUAGCAAAAUACAAACGAAAACCUCGAAGACAGGCGUUAGAACAGAACGAGAAUAUAAAUGUGACAGCCAAGUACUGAACUCUGAGAGAUACGCCGGAACAGAAAUAAGUAAUAUGUCCAACAUGACGUCAUUGAGUAAUAUGUCCAACAUGACGUCAUUGAGUGAACAGAGGUUUGAUGAAGAAACAACGUCAAAUGGUUAUGCUACAAAACGUAGAAGCCUAUCAAGAUUGGACACAUAUCAAGCUAAAAGAAGAUGGUCACGUGAUGGUCUUCCUUCUUUACCCGAUGAUAACGGAAUACACGAGUUACCCGAGAGGAGAAGGCGAAGUCUCCCGCCGAUAAGUUUCCUGUCCGACUUGAAGCGUUUAAAGAAAUCGCACGUGUUGCCUAUUUUAGGGACACAUACUGAAAUAAACAAUGAUUGAUUAAGGAAUGGUUAUAAACUAAUGUUAAACUGUGAUUACUUUAUAGCUCUCCAAUAACGAUUCCUGUGUUUAUUAACGAGAGAUAAAGAUGGACAAUGUUUGGAUUGGAUACACGUGACGUAUGUGAUGCACGUGGAUGCACGUGACAUGUAUCAAACCCUGGAUUACAAUAAACUCGUGAAAACCAUUCUCCAAUGGUAACCGUUCAAUAUCCAGAAAAUAACGUUGUUGAAAUAAAUGGCUAUAGAUAUGUACAUUGUAUAAUGGUGAUAAAUGAAGUAUGAAGGUUUUAGGGUAUGUGAACUUACGAUAGGUCUAUUUAAAGACGUUUUACGGCAUAUAACCUGCUGUUUUACAGAUACCAUGUACGUAUAUAAGUAAGAUAAAAGAACAAUUUAAUUAACUAAUUAAUCAUCAUAAGAAAUGACGUGAUUUUAUAUGGUCAACAUUGUGCUAACAAUAUAUAUAUAUUAUGUUGAAGAAAGACACUGUAUAUGUUCUAACAAUAUAUAUUGUCGAUUGAAGAAACGCAUUAAGUAUGUACUUAAAGCACGGAAUGACAAGAGUAAUUUACAGUGCAUUAAUACUGAUGUAUAUUUGUAACUCUGUGAUUUAACAUCUUUUUAUAUUAUAUAUCAUUUAUAUUUCAUUAUUCCAUGCAUAUAACAUGUGAUAUCAUUUCAUGGAAAAGUCUACAUGUUUCUUGCUGAUUUGCUAUUUGCCUAAACAACUUAAUAUGAGCCGCGUCACGACAAAACCAACAUAGUGCGUUUGCGACCAGCAUGGAACCAGACCAGCCUGCGCAUCCGUGACGCGGCUCAUAUAAGUACAUUAAACAGAGGGUUUAUAGCAUCAUGUUUUACCAACAAUUUAAUAUAAUAAACACCUAACACUAUUACCGUUUAAAGUCUCCGGCCACCUGUUUAUUUUGUUAAAAUAUUUUUGCAAACAAAUGUUUAUUAAUUUCUUGUGAAAUGAUAAUUCAUCUCUGAAUGUUGUCUUGACUAAUUUGUUCAUUUUCAAUAAUACUCAACUUUAUGAUAUGAAUAACGAUAAUAACAACACUCAUUAUGACGAUGAUGAUAAUUAUGAUGUGAUGAUGAUAAUGAUAAUGAUGAUGAUGAUGGCAGUGGUGUGGAUGAUUAUAAUGUAUAUGAUAAUUUAGAAAAGAACCUGUUUUAUGGGACAUGACAUCGUUAAAAAAUAACAUGCUAUAAAGCUGUUUAGAAAAUAUUUAAUGAAAUAUGAGGUAUAGUCAGAACGUUCCCACACUUGGUCGAUAUCUCAAAAACGUUGAUGUUUAUAAUUCUUCACACAGUCGCAAUUUCCGUCAGUUUUUAUUGAAGCGUUAUUAUUCUGUUUUUAAGCGUUACUAGUGACGUCACAGCGUCUCGUACACCCUACUAUGCAUGUAUACCAAAAAACAUUGUGAAUUCAUAUUAAUUUCAGUACUUGAAAUGUUUAUAACUUUUAAAAGAAUCACAUUCUGUAUUUCCUAUCGUGUAUUUAAUCAAACUUCGUGAUAUUACGUUAGUCCGGGAACUUUUUCACUAAACUUCGUAGUUUCAGUCUUGAUCAGAUGGUUCAAAAGUUUGAAAGUUUUAACUAAAUUAUCAUUGAUCAUACAAGAUUCUAUAAACACUGUAAUUUUUAUGACGACUGGUAUUUUUUUCCUUAAAGAUUUUUUUUUGAAUUUUUGCUCACAAUAAAUUUGUGUCUUAUUUAAAUACUUUGAUAUGCUACAAAAUGUUUCAUUACACAUGAUUUAUACAUGUUAUAAUACAAAAUGUUAUAACACAUAAUAUAUUCAUGAUAUAGAAUAUACUUAAAGUUUAACUCGGUACAUAAAAAUAUUGCUAUUCAGCAAAUGUUGUAAUUUAUCAAAUGUUGUUCUAGUCUAUACGUUCCAUUUUCCAGAUAAUAAAUAACAUGAUCAGUCAACGUU